AUAUCUUACAUUGCAUAAAUAUACGUCCCUGAUCUUCUUAUUUUUGCCUUCUUUCUUUUUUUUUUUUUAUAUUUUUAAACAAUGCAUACAACAGCAAACUGUCCACUAAGAUCAAUGGCGUGGAUAACAUUAGAUGAUCACAAUCGAGUGAUCGAGGCAACAAAGGAAAUGAAAGAACUCUUGGGAUAUAAUCCCGUUAAUCAGACAAUAGAUAGUCUAUGGAAAUAUGAAAAGAACGACGGUGCUUAUCUUAUCGUAAACACAAUUUAUAAUUCACGUACACUCUGCAUUUGUUUACAUACACAAAAAGAAGGAAGAGUUCUAGUGUGCUUAGAUAUCACGGAUCUAAAAAACUAUCAAACCAACACAAACGUAUCAUGUUCCAUCUUUCGGCUUUCCAUGUACGGUACAAUCGAGGCUGUCAUUUCGAAUGAAGAAUAUGGUACGUCAUGGAUAGGUCAGCCCAUGAUGCGCUAUAUUCAUUCAGAUGAUGUCGAGAAGUUCUGUAUGGCUACCAGUCAGGCAACCCGAUCACCUUCUUUCCUCGUUCAACUCACCCUUCGUUUUCUUCCAUCUCCCGAACAACAGGCGUCGUUUGAAUGCACCUUUCUCUCCGUCGAUCAGCAACAGCUCAUCUGCUUCAUACAGCCUACCUCUACCUAUAUCCAACACAUCGUCACACAGACGCAAAGAAAAUUCUGGCAGACGUUUGAAUAUGGAAUGACUACCGUUGCACAUCAUCUAAGUCAAAGCUUAUUACUAUUGGCCAAGAUAAUGCGGGGAUGUCAUAAAAAAGAUGAAGUCGAAUUUUUAUGUACAGUGGCUAGUUACAUUGGAAUCUCACCAUCGACAACCAAAGGCUGGCUGAACCAAUUUGUAGAUCAAACAUUUGAAUGGUUUGUUCACGACAGUGAUUUUAUUGUAUAAAGAUAUCUCUUUUAGCUUAUUAAUGCAACAAUUUUCCCCUCUAUAUGUACUCGAAUACAUAUGAUGUAUGAUUUAUGUAAAUAAAAUGUUUAGUAUUUUCCUCCACGAUUUGCAAGGACGCUCAUCAUACUCUUGGCUCCAAAACAAAGCAUAUUACCAACCUAUAAGGAAAUAUCAAUCGACUCUCUCGUUUUAAAAUCAACCGAAAUU